AAUGCCUUGCGGUGUCCCAGUUCCAAUCCCAAUGCGAUGUAUUUACCAGCAGGAGUAAUGAAACGGGGAGAGGGGCAUUUUCCGCAGCUUAUUGGGGAGACCGCAGAAGACUAGCGCACAGAGAGGACAUACAAAAACUUUCGGACAGAGGACCAAAACGUCAUUUUUUUUGACGGCGUCGGUAGCCUUUUAUUCAGUUUUCUGUCCGACAGCCAAAACGUUACUUUGUCGCAGUUGGUUGGAAGUGAUUUUGUGGGCAAUGGUAAAAGAGGGACACAUUUUGCGGAAUUCUCGCCUUUACCUGUGUUUCCCCCCGAAACUUCACUUCGGAUAGGAAACACUGAGUUGAAUCCUGUUUGCGCCAUUAAGCAAAGUAGCCAGAGGGGCUUUAGCUGCCCUGCACCACUGGAGCCUUCAAUAAUGUCGGGGCCAACACAACACAACCGGCUCCAUCGCUUCUGACCCAACAUGGAGCUCAAAGUCUGGGUGGAUGGCGUCCAGAGGGUCGUCUGUGGGGUCACUGAGGCAACCACUUGCCAGGAAGUGGUUAUUGCUCUGGCACAAGCCAUAGGCCGCACUGGGAGAUAUACUUUGGUAGAAAAAUGGCGGGACACUGAGCGUCACCUAGCCCCUCAUGAGAGUCCUGUGGCCUCUCUUAACACCUGGGGCCAGUAUGCUGGUGACGUCCAGCUGAUUCUGCACCGCACAGGCCCCUCCCUGACUGAACGACCCCCCUCUGAAGGACCCCCUCUCAGGGGGCCUGAACGUGGUCUGCACCGGCAGAGCCUCCCUCCCCUCGCAAAGCUUCGUCAUCCCAAUGAUCGCUCCCUGCGACGCCGUGAACCGCGCCGAAAGUCUCUGACUUUCACUGGUGCACCAAGAGGCCUUAGGGAGAUACUGAGCGGAGGCCGAAUCGGCGAGGCUGAGGCUAAACGCAGACUCCUCCUAGGAAACGGUGGGAAUCACCACCAUGGACCAGCCAUUGGGACUGCAUCGCCUGGCCUGUGGGCCUGUCGCAUGGAAGAUCUUGUCAGACUGGUCGGUCUGCAGAGAGAGACUCUGAAUGUGCUGGAGAAAAAGCUGGAGGCCUAUGAAGCGGAGCUCCAGGGCUGGGCUGAAGGGCGAGGGGGGCGAAGUGGAGGGUGCAUUGGGGACCCAGGUGGAGGCGGAGGGCUGAUAGAAGAGAUCCUGAGGCUGGAAAAGCAUCUGAGGAAGAACGACGUGGAGAUGGAGGAGGAGGAGUUUUGGGCCACUGAGCUGCAGAUUGAGCUAGAGAGUGAGAGACAGCUGGAGGAAAGACUGCAGGAGCUUAGAGGACGUCUGCAGGGCUGUGAAAUGGAGAUCGAAGAAAAGCUGGCAAUGGUACAGGGUGUGGAGGCAGGCCUGGAAGAGGAGCGGCUGCAGAGGGAGCGGCAGGAGACCCAGUGGGUCAGUGAGGCAGAGGCUCGGGCUCAAGUGCUCAGGGUCAAAGCAGAACUGAAAGCCCAGGAGAGACAGGCUGUCCAGCUGGAGAGCAGCUGCAGGGCUGUGGACAGGUCACUUGGACAAAGCAGCAAGAAACUGCAGGACAUGCAGCACGAGCUGGAACAGCUGACCAAGGAGCUGAGGCAGGUUAACCUGCAGCAGUUCAUCAAGCAGACCGGCACCAAGGUCACAGUGCUGCCGGCUGAACCCAGUGAGGAUGACAGUACUCACAACAGUCAUGGUAUAGAUUUAGUUCCCCUGUCUGGCUCCCUGAAGCGUCCUGUUUCAUCACACUCCAUGACCAGUCAACUCCGGGUCCUCCACAGCCCUCUCACUUCAGGCCUGAACCCGGAGGGGAUCUAUGUGUGAGACGGCUCUGCUCAGAGGGAACAGGUCCCGUCUCCCCUCCAGAGUCCAUUUCACCGCAGAACACAUUUGUAAGUGGAUAUCUUUGUACAGGAUACCUCAGUAGCACACUACUAUGCACUGUUGUCUCCACUACCUGAAGGCAACUUCGAGUGUGAAGACUCAAAUAGUGAAGGAACAAUGUUGAUCUUGCAAUAGAGCACUUGGUGGAAAUGAGAAAUGGUUGGAGGGCAUGACGAUAAAAUACAGCAGCAGCACCAGAUGUCAUGGUCGCACAGUCUCUGAAUAUAUUAUGACUUUCUAAACAACAGGCUGUUGUGGACUUCCUUUAUUACCAUAUCCACUUAAUGUACUUUUACUCUAACUUUAGUACCUGCUGAAUGAUUUUUUUAUUGUUUUCUCACUCAAGCAUCACACAUUCAGAAACAUUAUUGGAAUUAUUUCUGAUCAUAUUCAACAUCUUUAAAUGUCCAUGAUAUCAUGUGAUGAAAUGAGGAGCAGAUAGCUUCUUCUAUAUUUACUUAUAACAGUUUAGUGUCUUUGCGAGUGAUUUACCCGUCAGCCACCUCAAGUCUCUCACUGCAGCUGUAGCAUCCAGAUGCUGCGGGAUGAUGACGGCCCCCCUGCAGCGUCCAGUCUCACUGCAGCAGCCCUCGACGUCAAACGAUAACAGCGUGGAGCUCGACCGGUGCAAAAAGUCCAUUUUAAUUUGUCUGUCGAGCUGCACAAUUGUACAAUGAGAGUUUGCAACACAUAUAAAUUAACAUUUCAAUACAAGACACCAUAAUCAAAUUGCAUUUACAAAACACGCCACGCCAGCCGCACCACUGCAACGCCCCCCAGCGUGCAACCAAACAACUGCGACGACACGCCAGUCAGUUCGCCACACUUCGCUUCGCCCGCCGAACACUCCACAACAUGUUCUUCACUCGGCCCAAACUGUGCACUAAGCCACGAACAAACACGUUUGAGUGUAGUGUCACGCUGGCAACAAACAAUAAUCGCAACAAAGAAAGUUUUACAUUUACCAUGCUAAUCUGCUCUCUCUGCUCGAGGAUACCUGCUCGCGGUGUGGCCAAUCUGGCGUGUGACGACACUAUCGUUUUUUUAAUACAGUUUCUGGGGCACGCUGCACAACCCGGAACAUGAAUAACACAAACUACAAAAGUUACCGCCUCUGGUGGCCACUUACAAGCAUCAUGAUUCAAAACUAUUGCCUUUUGAACAGUAUUCUCGAGAAUCUUGGUAUGUGAAUCUAUGAACUAUAUCUCUGAAAUUGUAUGUUAUUUCUGCAGUGAAUAGCCAGCGUAAUGACUGGUUCUUAUACAAGUAAUGAAGGAUCCACUUGUGUCUAUAGUAAAACUGUCUAGAAUCUAUCGUUUUGCAUAUCAGAAUUAACUCCUGUAGUCUGUUCAUGUUAAAACUAUGCACAAAUGGUUAAUAGUUUUGUUACUGAAGAAUGUUACUGUAUGUAUGUACCAAAAUGAUGGCUUACUGUAAAUGUUUUCUUACUUUUCAGCUUUAUUUAGUGAAUUAUUAUAUUUUAUUACAAAGCGGUGCAUUCACAGUUACAGAAAUGCAGUGCCCUCAUUCCCGCAGUAAUGUCUGCAUUAUGAAACAGUGUUAAUUGCCCUCUUAAGCUGAUUUUUGUUGUUAAGAUGACUACACAGUAUAUUUUUGCCAAAUGUAUUAUGCUUUUUUUUCCCUGUGUGGAUCGGUGGCCAAAGAUUAGCGGGUCUUGUUGCAUGAUUGUGUCAUUUAUAUAGCCAUAUCUGGAUGUGCAGAGCACCCACAGUGCAGUAAAUCAGUUAGUUGGACCUAAAUAUGGUGGCAUGUUGUAAUACAAUGAAUAGCUACAGCUAUAGUGUGUAUGGGUGUGUGUGUGUGUGUGUGUGUGUGUGUGUGUGUGUGUGUGUGUGUGUGUGUGCACGCAGAGUCACAAUAGCCAAGGUAUGAAUCCCCUCUUAGGUUGUAGUUAAGCUGCUAAUAACAUCAAAGUGCCUUAUAUCCAUUCCACAGUCUGUGUAUUCAAAUAAUGUACCGUGAAGCUUUAGUAGAGACAUUGAAGCAAUGAUCGUAGUCAGCUUAGAUCAGAUGUUGCUAGAUGUUUUAGUGCCACAUUGCUGCACAGACAGAAAUGGCAAUAGCGCAGCAUCAAAGUGGAAACUAUGACUUUUAUCUGUCAGUAUUUUGUAGAAAAGUCAACAGAAAGAACAUUAUUGGUAGUGCUUUCCACUCUGCUACUGUAUUAUUGUCACCAUAAUACUAUGUGCUAUUAAAUGCAUUCACAUUUAAACUGAUUUAUUUCAACACAUACUGUGUACUGUUGAUGCAAAUUUGGAUAAGUAAAGUCAGUAAAGAGGUGUGGAGUAGUCACAUGACUUAGACUCAAGUCAGACUCAAGUCACUAAUUUGAUGACUUUAGACACAACCAAAAAAGACUUGCUAUCAACUUGGGAUGAAACACCAAUGACUCGUGGCUUCGCCUGGACUUGACCAUUUUGACUUGAAAAUACUUGAUACCAUCCCCCAAGAAUUUAAAAAUGUUUUUCUUAAAAAGUGUAACAUGAAUCAGUUCAUUUCCUGAAUUAACAAGCAUUAGCAUGAUUCAUUAUCAGCAAAUCCACACUAAGUUUCGCUAACGGCCGACGCUAAUUACACCAAUCUGACAGCAUCCAAUCAAGUUGCAGGAGAGAACCGUGAAGAAAGAACUUCAUGUCACUGAGUUGGAAAAAAAAGACACAAAAAUCAACUUUGUUUGCAUACAAAAACUACGCAGUAGUCAACAAAAAUCAAGUGCAGUAAGCAAGAAGUGUGGGUUGAAAAUUACAGACUGAGCCGAAACUUCCAACUUCAAUUUUAGGUUGAACAAAAUCUGUAAGUUGAGGCUAAUGUUAACAGCUAAGUAACUUUUUAACAAACUAGUUUCAACAAAUGACUACACUUUUUUAAAAGCAUUUGUAAUUUUUGUAAAUUUAAUAUAUUGUCACAGUCGUUAUACUGGCAAGACGUUUGGCGAAGAGCCCAUUACGACAUGUUAAGGACUUGAAACACAAAGUUUAGGACUUGGGGCUUGAUUCGAGACUUGAGCGCAACGACUUGACUCUUACUUGUGACUUGCAAAACAAUGACUUGCUGUCACCCAGAAAUAAAUAGUUGGUGAGAAUUUUAACCUGUAGCAUUCAGUAUCUACAGAAACAACUAAAUACAUCAUCACUCCAGUGUGUCUCUCUGCUUUUUCAUUGGAGGAGAGACCUGUUUUUAAAAUUUUAGGUUUCAGAUACUACGAUAGUCUAUAUAUUGGGGUGGAUUUUCCCUUUAAGAAACCACUUGUGUGCAUUUUCCACCCUGGGAUGAAAAGUAGCUGUGGUCACUGUUUACAACCAUAUACGUUCUAGAGAACUGUAAGAUGUCGACUGUACAUAACCUGUUUUUAUUUUUUCUUGCCUUAAUAUACUGCAAAGUGUUGACAGAUGUAUGGCUGUAACUGGCUGCUGAUAUGACAUGGAUUGCAUGAUUCAAUAAACCAUCUGACAAAGUAA